AUGAUAUAUCCUGCGAUCGACGGAGCAUGUGGUGGUAAAGAAGGUUUAAUCAUUUCUCGUAAGCCACUACUAAUUUUUUAUUUUAGCCGUGAUUUAGCUGAAUCAACUCCAAUAGUGGCUUCGCAAUCAGUUCACGAUGCAAUUGAUCAAGCAUUACAAGCAAAAUUAAAAAAUAUUGCCUCAACACCACGCACAGAAGUUGAUUAUCGAAUAGGAGGAUUAGAUACACGCGCUUGCUGUGAUGCAGGACAUAUUGUUUGUCGUUGUAUGGACUAA